ACCGUAGUGUUUGCGACCGUCCUUCGUCCAAUGGCGACGUGUUUCCCUCACCACGUUACCCGCUCCCGAAAAGCGACCCUGUGAGUGUAUCAGGCCGCUGCCGUCUGAUCAAAUGCAGUGUGUGCUUCACGUCGGGCGGUACGAAUACGUGCAAUCAGACACAGUGUGAGCUGCAAACAAGAGACGCUCUGUUUGGCAGAAACUGAUGGACAACGAGUAACCACCGUCAUCUGAAACCCCCCUAAGCGGUAUAUCACGUCGAAAACCUCUGUGUGAGGCGUGAGUGAGUGACGUCGGGGCCUUUGGGAGGACAGGCGUGCAGUGGAGAAGAAGACGAGACUCGGCGAGUAAAAGCAGCGGCGGCAGCGUCAGCAGCACUCAAGCGCUCAUCCCAGCGGAACGGCUACUGCAUCUGCUGAGAGCCCCCCCCUGCCCCCCUCUACCCCCAGAGCUGACAGCCGACGGUGACAGCCACAGGUCGAGCAGGAGCUCGUCUGGCCCGGGGGCAGCAGAAACUCUUCAGCAUGGAUGUGGAUGAGGAGGAGAACAUGAGUUCGUGCAGCACCGACGUAAAGGAAAACCGCAACCUGGACAACGUCACCUCCUCCAAGGAGGCGGCCCCUGUGGCCGAGCUCCCGAAUGGCGGCGCAGGCGGAGGGGGCACCCGUAAACGCCCCCUGGAGGAGGGCAAUAAUGGCCACGCCCACUCCAAGUUCAGACCCAAGAAGCGCAAGAAAACGCCGGGGCCUGUGCUGCCCAAGAACGCGCUGAUGCAACUGAACGAGAUCAAGCCCGGCCUACAGUACAAGCUGUUGUCCCAGACGGGCCCUGUGCACGCGCCGGUAUUCGUCAUGACGGUUGAGGUGAACGGGCAGCAGUUUGAGGGCUCCGGCCCCACCAAGAAGAAGGCCAAGUUGAAUGCGGCCGAGAAGGCGCUGCGCUCCUUCGUGCAGUUCCCCAACGCCUCCGAGGCGCACCUGGCCAUGGGCCGCACGCUGACCGUGAACACGGACUUCACCUCGGACCAGGCUGACUUCCCCGACAUGCUCUUUAACGGCUUCGAGACGCCGGCGCAGCCCGAGGACUCCUUCUUCCUGGGCUCCAACGGCAACGGCUCCCUGGGCGCGCUGGGCGAGUACCCCGUGCAGGCCACGCCGGGCUCCAACAGCCUGGUGCAGGCGCCCCUGCCGCCCCCGUCCGGCUUCACCUCCCCGUCCAGCGGCAAAAACCCCGUCAUGAUCCUCAACGAGCUGCGGCCGGGCCUCAAGUACGAGUUUGUCUCGGAGAGCGGCGAGAGCCACGCCAAGAACUUUGUCAUGUCCGUCACAGUGGACGCGCAAACGUUCGAGGGCUCCGGCCGCAACAAGAAGCUGGCCAAGGCCCGAGCCGCCCAGGCGGCCCUCUCAGCCCUGUUCAACAUGCAGCUCGACCAGACCCCCUCCAGGCAGCCAAUCCCCAGAGAAGGCCUUCAGCUCCACCUCCCACAGGUUCUCGCUGACGCAGUCUCCCGCCUGGUGGUGGACAAGUUUAGCGAGCUGACGGACAACUUCACAUCCCCUCAUGCGCGACGGAAAGUCCUGGCAGGAGUCGUCAUGACAACAGGCACCGAUGUGAAGGAGGCCCAGGUGAUCUGCGUGUCGACGGGGACCAAAUGCAUAAACGGCGAGUACAUGAGUGACCGUGGCCUGGCGCUCAACGACUGCCACGCAGAGAUCAUCGCCCGACGCUCACUCAUCCGCUACCUUUACACGCAACUGGAGUUCUUCCUCUGUGCCAGCAAAGAGGACCAGCAGAAGUCCAUGUUCAUGCGCUGCGACAAGCAUGGCUACCGGCUGAAGGACAACGUGCAGUUCCACCUCUACAUCAGCACCUCACCCUGUGGAGACGCGCGCAUCUUCUCCCCGCACGAGGCCGGGGUCGAGGACCAAGGAGACCGGCACCCCAACCGGAAGGCCAGGGGCCAGCUGCGGACCAAGAUCGAGUCGGGUGAGGGCACCAUCCCCGUGCGCUCCAGCAACACCAUCCAGACGUGGGACGGAGUCCUGCAGGGCGAGAGGCUGCUCACCAUGUCUUGCAGCGACAAGAUCGCCAGGUGGAACGUGGUGGGUAUCCAGGGGUCCCUGAUGAGCUACUUCACGGAGCCCAUCUACUUCUCCAGCAUCAUCCUGGGCAGCCUGUACCACGCCGACCACCUGUCCCGCGCCAUGUACCAGCGCAUCGCAGACAUCGAGGACCUGCCGCAGCAGUUCACCCUCAACAGACCCCUGCUCAGUGGCAUUAGCAACGCGGAGGCUAGGCAGCCCGGGAAGGCGCCCAACUUCAGCGUGAACUGGACGGUGGGCGACCAGGCCCUGGAGGUCAUCAACGCCACCACAGGGAAGGACGACAUGGGACGCCCCUCGCGCCUCUGCAAACACGCCCUCUACAGCCGCUGGAUGAGGCUCUACGCCAAGCUGACGGCAACACUGCGGAUCAAAGUGACCAAGCCCAGCUCCUACCAUGACGCCAAGCAGGCAGCCGAGGAGUACCACGCGGCCAAGCAGGCGCUCAUCAAAGCCUUCCACAAAGCAGGGUUGGGCGCCUGGGUGAAAAAGCCCAUCGAACAGGACCAGUUUGCCCUCACCUCCUGAAGAUGGGCCAUGGAGCUGGGAGCCUGCGAGGAGGGAGGGAGGGAUGGAGAGAGGGAGGGAGGGAGGACGCCCAGCCAGCUAUAGAGACUUUGCUUGAUCCGUGUCUACUUAUGUGUGUGUCCGUUGUGUGAGUGAGUGACUGUUCGUGUGUACUGUACCGUACGUGUCCAUCCUGACCACCACCACCACCACCAACCGUCCAUAUCACAUGAUCGCACUGUUCUCUUCUCACAACCUGUAAAGUCGUCAUACAGCACCACACCACACCACACCACACCAACCCCCUCCCUUUUUUAAUUUGUGAAUCUAUGAUGUCUUUAGAAGCCAGAGAUUUUUUUUAAUUUAAAACUCGAACUGAUGAUUUUGUUUUUAACUAAAAGACAUUUUAACAAACAGGGAGGUCACUCAUGCACACCUGGGACAUCCAGGACCAGCGUUGGGUAACUGUGUCCCUUAUUAUUGUUGUUUCAUUUUGUUUUGUUUUUGUUAUUUUAUACUUGUAGAUGUUCAUAUUGUGAAACAGACCGCAAAAAGACAGGAGGAAGUUAGACAGGAAAAAAAACACAAAUACAAAUAGUAAGGGUGUGAGACACUUGAGAAAAGUUAACACUGGUGCCAACCACGUGCCCAUUACAAUCAGAUGAGUGGGCCUGAAACCCAGGGCUCUGUGCAAGGCCAGGGGAUGUAUAUCCACGCUCCAGCCUUCUCUCACACACAUCAGGUUCACAAUCUAGACAAAACAGGAAAAAAAAAUAAUCUCAUUAUUUUAGGAAAAAUCCUCAUAGCGCUGUCACACCUGGGUACUUUUCUAAGCUUCCAAAUUUCAAGAAUUUCUUACGACAUGGUUUUGUUUUUAUUCAGAAGAGCAAUCAGAACCCCCCUCCACACUCACACACAUCUCUGCCCUUUUGUCUUUUCUGAAAUAGGUAUUCACAGCAGGUGAGCGGGUAAUAGCGUAGCUUUGCAGUCCAGCAAAGGCUUUUUAUUGUCGUUCCGUGUGAACUUGUUUGUUUGUUUUGUGUCUCAUUUAAUGUAAAGUGGGAAAGGUGAUGGGGAAUACUCAGAGGUCAAAUUCUCCCUUUAAGACUUAGUCGUCUGAAAACUGAGGAAAAAAUCUCGGUGACCGUUCUCAUUUAGUCGUUUGUUGGUAGAUGACUGACGUGCUUAAAGGGUGACUGAAAAUGUUUCGCGAUCCAGUGUGAUUCUCAUCACUGUCAAACAGAUGCAACCGAAGUGCAUUGCUCUCAUUGAUUAAAAAAAAAAAAAAGGAUGGGAAAAUAGGGAAAACAUUACACAGUGCUUUCAGCUCCAAAAAUAUUGCAGAUGCAUGUUUAUAAUAUAUUCUGGAGCAGCUUCUUGCCUUUUAAGGCAUCGUUUACUCCCUGAUUUUGGGAGAUUAACUUAUAGCAUCAUGUAAAUGUAUUUUAAAAAAACAAACAAAAAAAAACAUUUCUAGAUGAAAAACACAGCAAGUGUCUAGUUUUGUUGACACAAAGCUAUGAACUUACUUUUAGUUGCACGAAAAAAAAAAAAUCUUUCAUUUUUUUAAAAAAAAAUAAGAGAACUUCCUUAAAUAGCCACCCCAGCUAUCAUAUUGGGUAUUUUCCUAUGUUGUAGACAUUCGUUUGUCAUGGAACAUAUGGCAAGCUAGAAGGACAGGGCAUUCCGAUGUCUGGAGAAAGGGGACAUUUACCUUCUCAAAGACAAUCGUGUGAGUUUGUAAGUUGAUGCAUGUUUCUCUCGUUGACUAAAGCCAUCUCUUUGCAUGGGAAACAUUUUACGGUCAGGGUGGGAAAAGGGGGAGGGAUUUAUUUAUUUUUAACCAACAAAAAAGUACAGCUUGCAUUUUUGAAGCAUUUCCUUCUGGAAGGAAUCUUAACGCCAGCAUUCUUUCAACACAGUAAGGCUCAUGGCUUUCUCUGUUGUGUGUUUGUGAACAUCUUCUGGAGUUUAACAGGUGCACAGGCACUGCUGAAACCGCCACCAUCCGUCCUAGUCAUAGAGCGUCAAUACUGUUGACAUCCAGAUGAUCACUGAUGGUUUUCUUAAUGAUAUUGGGUGAUAACUGUUUUACCAUGAUUUUUUCUUUUAACAUUUUUUGUAUUAUUUUAUUGUACAAAAAAAGAUGGACUUGACUUGAUAUUUUGGUACAAAACUGCAGUAGACCCCAGCAGUAUGUUGCAUGAGAGAAUGGACUAGAGAAAUGCCCUGUCUCGACGGCGGGUGUGGGUGGGUGUUUUUUUUUUUCCAGUGCGUUUGUCCAUCUGGGUGUACCUGCUGCUGAGCCCAGUAGAACUCUAUGAGAGACGUCAUAGCAACAGGACUUUGGAGAUUUGCUGUGGAAUCUUCACCAAAGAUGAUGUCAUUAUUUUUUCCAUGCAGGGAGAAUGCUUUGUCUUUGUGUGCUCAAAAAGGAAAAUGAGAGCGUUAUUUUUCAAGGUUAUGGGUAAACUGUAAGGACUGACACCUUUGUAUUACAAUGUGUUGUCAUUGACCUUUUUUUGUAAUGCGCCAUUCACAUGUAUCUUAAUUUGUACAAAAUGAAAACUCCAUCCAGUUCCAGCUUUCGAGGUGUAACCUUAAUCGUUCUAUUUGCUUCAGUAUUUCUGAACCUGUCGAUUUUACACUUGUAAAUAUAUGUGAGCCUAGCUGAAAUUGUCUUGAUGAAUAUUCUGCAUACAUUGUAAUCAGUGGUACAGUGUAAAAACAGGCUCCGUGUGAUAUCAACAUGCCCCCCUGUAAAUUUAAAAGGAAAAAAAAAAAAUCAUUCAGUUUGUUUUCAGCACCUCGUGGGUGAACAAAACUGUGCUGAGUUCACCUUCCAGUUUUUCCUUCUCUUUAUAUAUUUGUUUUUAUUUGAGCAUUGUCAUUGUUUUUGUUUUCCACUGCAACAGCCCCCUAUUCAACCGACAUGCUUUCCAAGACGCCAUUUUUUCCCUCCUCUCUUGUCGUCGUUUUCACAUGUUCAAGUCCCGCUGUGACGUUCUGCUGGUGGGCUGGUCAUGCCCUUGUGUCCCUGACCCCCACCCCCCCCAACGGUGCUCUAGGCUGCCCCCCUGUGCUGCUGCUGCUGCUGCGGCUGCAGUGAUGGAUCGGCGCCUCGGGCUGCCACUGGGCUGUGGGGACCCGGCACGGAAGGUCCAGGAGGUCCAUGGUUGGGGCAGAACAAGAGUGGGCUCACCUCGAUGCCCCCCUCCUGUCCAGCUCCACCCAGUACUGAGAUGAUGAUGAUGAAGAAGAAGGGGGUUGGAAGGUCGACCCUCUCACCCCCUUCCCCCUCUGCUCCCCUCGCCCGCCACAUAGGCUCCUUCCAACCAGAUCAGAACGUGUAGAGAGUACUGUGCUCUGUUUCAUCCUGAGACCAGAAGUGGUGAAGAGAGGGGGAGCAUUUUUUAUUUGUCCACCAGUGAUCGUCCGAUGCUUCUCGGAGCCAUGUCAGAACAGCCCCUUGUUGUAAUUGAGUGUUUUUCUCUUUUCUUUUCUUUUGUUAAUGCUGUGUUUUUUAAACAAAAAUCCUUCCACCAAUCACUUUCUCAUUCCAUGAACCAGCUGAUCAUCGGUGAGCUACAUUUCCAAAACGCUCGCUUGCUUUGAUCGUUUUCUUUGACUGCACAAGAUGUCAAUGGAUGAUGUCAGGACUACAGACCACGUGCUAUAAAUGUGGACCGUGGAACUUGUAAAACAAAAAAGAGUUAUUUUAAUAUUCUUUUUUUGUUUUUUGUUUUUUGUUUUUGUUUUUUUGUUCCUCUUCUUCUGGUGCCGAGCUACUUUUUUCCAGCCAAGAGUCCAGACUCCUGUCUUUGUGAUCUUGUCCUGGUCCCGCCAGUUGUUCUGACCAUGUUGUAAUUUAGUAACUGUACUGUGGGACGUGGUCACACGAUCUAGUUUCACCGCUGGGUCAAAAUACUCUCUUCUCUUACUCUCUCUCUCUCUCUCACGCUCUCUCUCUCUCUCUCUCUCUCUCUCUCUCUCUCUCUCUCUCUCUCUCUCUCUCUCUCUCUCUCUCUCUCUCUCUCUCUCACGCUCUCUCUCUCUCUCUCUCUCUCUCUCUCUUUCUUUCUCUCUCUCUCUCCUCCCCCUUUCUCCCCUGUAUCUCACUAUUCCCUUGCCUCAACAUUUCUCUUGUUCUCUAUUACUCUCUCUCUCUCUCUCUCUCUCUCUCUCUCUCUCUCUCUCUCUCUCUCUCUCUCUCUGUGUCUCUCUCUCUCUCUCUCUCUCUCUCUCUCUCUCUCUCUCUCUCUAAUCUUCACAAAAUGGGCCACCUGCAUGACCUCCCACACUGAAGCUGCACCCAGCAUGACGACAUACUUUUAAAGGACUUGUAUGUAGAACAUGGGAAAAUAGAUCUAUAUAUAAUACAAAUGAACAAAAAAAAAGAAAUAAAUGAGAUCUUAGUUUA